AUGGCUGAGGAGUCGCAGCCGCAGUACUACCUCCGCUGGAAGCACUGUGAGGACCCCGGCGUGAGGACGCUGUGCAACCUCGCGAAGCUCCUGAACAAGCUGGAGCAGGCCCACAAGGACGACAUCGCCCUCUACACCUCCGGACACCUGAACCCCAACAAGCUGUACAGGCCCCCCGAGACCAUCCUGCAUCACUGGCGCAAUGCCACCGGGCCGCGGGGCCGGGGAGGCCGCCGCGAGGGAAAGCCACGCGACAAGGGGGCGGCCGCGAUGAAGGACGCUUGGGCCUAUUUCACCGUCAACACCGCGCUGGGCCCGAACGAGGGCCCUGGGACGGCCCUCUCCAGGUAUCUGAACCCUCCCGCGGGUGCGUUGUGCGCCCCCGAAGAGGACGUCCUCCCCGGGCCGGCCGCGGGGGCCGAGGGCGCCGUGCAGCGACAGAGAGGAGCGCUCCGCUGGUGGCCGGGGGCUCUGGAAGCCCAGGCGGCGCGGUCUGGCCGCGAGUGCACGACGUCGCCCCCGGGCCCGGAUGAGCACGUGAGCGUCGGCUCCUACCUGGCUGGCCUGACGAAAGCCGACAGGUUCAGGAGGCUGCUGCGCUUCCAGAGGGACGUGCUCGGCACGCAGGAUCUCCUGGUGAACGAUUUCACCGGGCGCCGGGCAGCGAGACGCCACGAGAAGAAGCUGGAGCAGGAGCUCCGGAGAGGGUGCCUGUGUGGCCCUCACAACAAACUGCAGGUCCUCAGCAGCAUCUUCGCAGACGUUUGCAACAGUUCUUUGCUAUUUGGCGACAUCCUGAAAGAAGUGAAGGACGAGUACGAGCUCUACAUGGCCAUUCUCCUGCACACCCGGCCCGCAGAGCGGUUCCAGACGCUGCUGGCCGACGCCGAGGGGCUGGAGAGGAGGCCGGUGACGACGGCGGAGGUCCGCCAGGCCCGGGAGCAGCUGCAGGCGCUCGUGGCGGCCACCAAGGCCGCCCUGGAGCACAAUGACAAACUCAGAAGCGAACUGGAGGCGGAGCGCAGGCUGCUGCAGGCCGCUAGGGAAAGCGCAGAAUCAUCCGAGAAAAAUGGGAGGAAGGAAGAGCACCUUACUCUGAUUGACAAAGUCGAAAACAAGAGGUGCGAAAUACUCAAGAAACUGGAUGAAAUUCAAGCUCUUGAAACAGAAAUUAAAACAACUUUGGUUCAUACUGGAAUUUUACAUAUUACUGAGAGUAGGAUUAAAAGCAUAGAGACUGAAGCUAUAAAACUGGAAAGAACAAACACGAUUUUAACAAGGAAAAUAAAUGUUAUGGAGAACCAGGUGAAGAGGUGGCUGGGGAAGGGUAUCGGUGAGGAGGAGCAGCGGAAACUUUGGGGAUUUAUUGAAGAAUAUAUAAAACUAAAAGAAACGGAUGAUAACUCUCAAGUGGCUGGAAAAACGACCCAUGAAAAUUCAGAAGCAUCAUGUCCAUAG